GAAAGUAAGAAAAAUUCCUAAGAACGGUCACACUGGAAACCGUCACCGCAUUUUUUUGACAAUUUAAAGCACCGGCUUUUGAAAACGUUUAAAAUGAAUUACUACGUCUGUUUGCACCAGGAGGGUGUCAGCAACAUUCCCAAGUUGAUUGAGAAGGCCUACGCAAACAACUACAAUGUGGUGGCCAUUUCGAUCAACCCAAAUACUGCACCCUUCGAUCCACAUGAAUCAGACCCUACAUACCCGGCGACGAUUCUAAAUGCCACAGACUGGAACUCCAAGGUUAUAUUCAAGCUGUCCGACGUUAAUGUGGACUCGCCUAAUGUCAAGCUGCGUGAGUACUCCAAAGAGAUUCUGCUGCGCGACAUUGCCUGGGCGGAGCACCUUCAAAAUAUUGGCAGCGUGAUGGUACGGUUACGCGGCCCGGAAAACACGAAUCUGGCGGAGAUUGUCCGGUCCAAGACAAAGGACACUUUCCCCCUAGGAAACUGGUUCAUUCAGGUGCCAAUCACCAAUCCCGAGAUAGCCACUUUCGAGCACCGCAAAGACGCCACCGAGGAGGAUAUUUCUAAGGCGGAAGCCAACGAUCCCUGGACCUGGUGGAACAAGCUGCGCUUCGCCGUCAAGCAGAGCCCCAAGGUUAAGGUUGUUGUAGAGCUGAACGACUCGGAUCGGCCCAACAUGGAGACAAUCCGACGCUGGCUGGGAGAGCCAAUCGAAGCCAUCAUUAUUCCAUCCUCUCUGUUUGUGCGAAACCGCUCCAACUACUGUGUGCUCAAGAAGGAGUGGCAAGUGAUCAUCGGUCAUUUUAUAUCGGUGCGGGCCAACAUAAUUAUUUCCACCAAUCCCAACGACAAAGCUUUGUCCCAGUAUGCCGAUUACCUGAAGAAGUUGAUUAACGAGAACUGUGAUACUCAUGCACUCAACAGUUAUGAAAACAUGCUGGAGAUUCCUCUGCAGCCACUUUUCGAUAAUUUAGAUAGUUAUACCUAUGAAGUUUUUGAAACGGAUCCUGUGAAAUACAAGCUAUACCAAGAUGCCGUACAGGCGGCUCUGUUAGAUAGAGUUAGCGAAGAAGAGGCUAAGAAGAAGUUGACCGUAGUCAUGUUGCUUGGUGCAGGACGUGGCCCCAUUGCCAGGGCUAUACUGAAUGCCGCCCAGAUUACAAACCGCCAAGUGCGGCUGUACAUCAUUGAGAAGAAUCCCAAUGCCAUUCGCACGCUCUCCCAUAUGGUGAAGACGCUAUGGACCAACAAGGAUGUGCACAUUUUCUCGAAGGACAUGAGGGAUUUCUCUCCUCCCGAACUGGCCGACAUCCUGGUGUCUGAGCUACUGGGUUCCUUCGGCGACAAUGAACUCUCCCCAGAGUGCCUUGACGGUGCCCUGAAGCUUCUGAAGCCGGAUGGCAUUAGUAUACCUUACAAAUCCACUUCCUACAUCAAUCCCUUGAUGUCGGUGGCGCUGCAUCAGAAUGUGUGCCAGUUGGCAAGCACCGUACCUGCCUUCGAUUACGGCUAUGUGGUUCUGUUGAAGAAUGUGUAUCACAUUGAUGAGCCACAAGCGUUGUUUGAGUUUACACAUCCCAAUCGGGAGGAUAAAAUAGACAACACACGCUGCAAGGUGCUGACAUUCCAUGUGAAGAAGGACUGCGUCAUGCACGGAGUGGGGGGCUACUUCGACACCCAUCUGUACAAGGACAUCUGUCUGAGUAUCAACCCAUUGACGCACACGGCAGGCAUGUUUUCCUGGUUCCCUAUGUUUUUCCCAACUCAUCCCAGAACUCUUAAAGAGGGCGACACCAUUUCCAUCAAGUUCUCGCGCUGCAUCGACCCCGACAAAAUUUGGUACGAGUGGCAGGUGGUGAACUCUCCCGAGGAUUGGGAGCUGCACAACAAAGGCGGCACUGGCUAUAACAUGAGACUGUAGUCGAGGCAACAGGUCCUGCAUUCCAUGCAAUACUGACAUCCAAAUGAUCCUCAAUAUGUUUUUUUACUGCAAAUAGAAUCAAACCGAAUAGACCUUA